AUGUUAAAUCCAAGAAAAAGCAAAAUCAACAAGCUCAUCAUUGAUAAGUGUAAUGCUAUUGAAUUUAAAGAAAAAGCAAGAGUUUGGGAUAGAACAUCUGCUAGAGAAAUAGUGAAAUGUUUCAAAUCCCUUACCAUCAUUGACACCAAUGACAUGGUCGAGUUCUGUAAAAAGUGCAAAAUCAAUGGCUUGGAAAAAUUACAUAUCAUUGAUCAACAAAAUUUAACAAGUGUCAAUCCCAAUAACUAUUCAAAUUUGACAGAUUUUGGUAUUAACAAAUUUUCAUUCUACAAAAAUCAAAGACCUCUAAAGAAACUCUUUCUCAACAGAAUUGACGAGUUGGAGCUUUUUGAAGAAUCGUCCAGUUUGUGCUCUUCCAUCACUGUAAAAUAUCCACCAUGGACAAUUAGAGAUACAUCCAAUCUGAAAGUUUCUGAUUUGACCAUUCUAAAUGAGGAAUGUAGUUUAUCCUUAGAUGAAAUUAUGAGAAAAAUAUCGGUUUUUGAACAUGUUGUCAUUCCAGAAACAUUCAUUAGAUUAAACACUGGAACUUUGAGUGAAAUCGCCAAUCCAAAGCUUAGAAGAAUCACAAUUAUGACCACACGUCAAAAUAGAAUUAUUGUAAAGAUUUUGAGAGCAAGAUUAGAAUGCAUGUUUCCGAAUGCAUGUAUUUUCAUUAAGGAAAUGAAAGAAAAAAUUAUUAAUGAGCCAUCUAAACAAUUUGGUACCUUUAAAUGGGAAGAUGAGAAACUUGGAAUAAUAUUCGAAAGAUUAUUAAGAAGAAUUGAUUCCGUUUCUAAUCAAUGCAUUUAUUUGAGAGAAGAAGCUUCCAAAACAUUUAUUCAACAAAUUAACGAAUCAAUGAAGAAACUUGGUCAGUUGUUUGAAGACAGAAAUAGUACUGAUAGAAAUGUAGCUAAAGAAUUAAUGAUAUUCGAAACUGAGACCUACAUCCUUGAAGGUUUGAAAGCCAACAUUGAAUUUGCAUUACAAAAUGUCAAACAUGCCAUUGAAAUCUACCAAGAACUCAUUGGAAAAGACGAAACCAUAUCAAGAGUCAUUUCCCAAUACCAAGAAACUCUAAACUCUUCUGUCAGCGGUCAAUUCCUCAAUCAAAAUCUCAAACUUUUGGAAGAAAGCUUUGAUACAAUGAAGAACCACUUUGAAAUGAAAGGUUUCAGCCACAAAUUGCUCUUCAAGAAUUUGUGGCAAGCAGAUGACGUUGUCGAGUUCUACAGAGAUGAAGAUUUUGAUAUUGAAGAUGAAGAAGAAUUGAUUCUCGAUGAGGAGGAUAAUAUCAUAUUUGAUCAGGAGGAGCUUUCUGAUUUUAAUGAUGAAGAAUAUAAAGUUGUAAUACUUUUCAAUUUUUCAUUUCUUUGUGUUCUGUGGUGUAAAAAUCAUUCAAUUUUGAAUUUGAAGCAUUAA